AUGCUUGCGUUGUGUUUCGUCGUGUACAAAGUGGCGCAGACAGUGUACCUGCAGACGCAGAUACUGGACAAGGACGUCUCCAGCGCCGAGCUCAAGUUACUGACUCUGGCCGCGCGCAUACAGGACGCAGAGCAUACGCUGCGACACCAGCUCACUGAGCAGGCCGUGGUAAACUCGUCGAAAGCAGAUACAAGCGGAGAGAGCACAAGAGAGGCUGGAGGAGGAAACGGUCAGAAAAGCAACGGAGCGGGCGCAGUGAGCGCGCGCGGCGCCGGCAUCCGCGCGCUGCUCGCCGCGCACGGCGACCUCGCCGCGCAGCUCCGCGCCAACUCCUCCACGCUCGCGCACCUCGCCGACCUGGCGCACUCCCUGCAGCCCUAG